ACCGGACAAUGGCCUAGCUCCCCAUGACAGCCGUGAACCCAGCUUAACUGAGAGCCUGUGUACUCUCUUUUAGAGAGAAACCUUCAGUGGGUUUUAGUCAUUUUUGGACCGGUGUAUCGGAAGACGAGGUUCAUCAAUGGAUGGAUUGGACGCACACCAACUGUUCGAGGAAAUGCUCAGCUGAACACUCUAGCCUCAAUAAUGUUCUUAAGAAAAGGAAUCAAAUUCGCUUCGGCAGCAUUUCCACAUUUCAUUUUAAAGGCUCCUAAUUUUGGGGGCAAACCCACCUUCACAGUUCCCAUUUUCGAUCUUUCGGCACGAGUUGCGUACUACUCUAGCGGCUUUCGCCUCUCUCCUUUGUUUCCAUCUGAAUCGAAACCUCAGUCGGACAGUUAUGAUAUUGAGCUUGUUGAUGAUGAUGCAUGGCGAGUUUCAUCUGGUUUAGCGCUAGCAGAUGAAGGAAUGAAGAGUAAUGCAUUGGAAGAAAGUUGCUUAUCGGAUGAAGUGGUUGAUGAGCCGGCUGAUAGUUGCUCUCUACCUGCUGAGGGUGACCCUGAUUUUGAUGACAUUGACAACUUGAGAGUUCGUGGCAGACUGUUCUUUAAGAUUGACCGCGAUUCCAAAGAGUAUGAAGAGUACAGCUUCGAUUUCCAUCGUAGGAAUAAGUCUUCGAAGAAGAAGGAUGGUUCAAAGGAGAGUAAAAAGAAUAUGGUUGAGGCAAAGGAGAGUAAAAAGAAGAAGGUUGAGCCAAAGGAGAGUAAACAGAAGGUUAGUGGUUUAAAGGAAAUCAAAAAAGACAACCCAAUUCCUAAGCUUUCCGACAGAAGUGGGAAGCAGCGUAGAGUUGAGGACAGCUCUCGGGUUGGUGGGAUGAAUAGUACAUGUGUUGAGAAGAAAAAGCUGAGGACUACGACUUAUAAUCAGCUCACCGGUCCUUUUCAUGAGCCAUUUUGCCUUGACGUUUACAUAUCCAAGGCUUCAGUUCGUGCCUGCAUUGUUCACCGGUUCACCAGUAAGGUUGUUGCCGUGGCACAUUCCAUAUCAAAGGACAUGAAGUUCGACCUUGGUUCAACUAGAAAUGCAGCUGCUUGUGCUGCUGUUGGCGAAGUUCUGGCUCAGAGGGCACUGGGCGAUGAUAUACAUGAUGUGAUUUACACACCAAGGAAAGGGGAGAGAUUGGAGGGCAAACUUCAAAUUGUAGUUCAGUCUCUGAUUGAUAAUGGUGUUAAUGUCAAGGUGAAGAUCAAGCAAAGAACGGGGAAGAAAUCGACUUCCUAUUCUGCAACCUAGACACAGGUCGCUUGCUAUUCUCAAGUCUAUAUAUAGUAGUAAUAGUACUAGUCAUAGCGUCGAUCAUAGGUUUCAUUGAAAAUAAUCAUGUUGGUAUGCUGUUUGCUCA